GGAAGCCGCCGCCUGGCGCUCGGCUGGCGCUGACGUGAGCCAGACUGGUCAUGUGCCCGGGAGCUGUGCAAGGCGCUCCCACCCCAGGAUGCGGCCCGUCUGAUGACCCUCGGCCGCUGAGAGGACUCUGGCCGCCAGCACCAUGUCAGGGUCCACCCAGCCCGUGGCACAGACGUGGAGGGGCACCGAGCCCCGCUACCCGACCCACGGCCUGCCCUACCCCGUGCAGCUUGCCCGGCCCCACACGGACGUGGGGCUGCUCGAGUACCCACACGGCCCCCGAGACUUCACCUCACACCUGUCUCCCGGCCCCAUCAUCCAGCCCCAGCGCAGGAGGCCCUCGCUGCUUUCGGAGUUCCAGCCCGGGAAUGAGAGGCCCCAGGAGUUACACCUACGGCCCGAGCCGCCCGUGUACCUGUCAGAGCUGGAACUCAUGGAUAGCAAACGGCCACGCCUCGACCUGCUGCCCACUCCCCUGCUGCGGCCCGCACCUCUGCUCGCCACCGGCCAGCCCGGGCUAUCGGACGACCUGGCCAAGGACCGGAGCCUGACGGGCAAGCUGGAGCCAGUGUCCCCGCCUAGCCCGCCACACGCCGACCCCGAGCUGGAGCUGGAGCCACCACGGCUGUCCAAGGAGGAGCUGAUCCAGAACAUGGAUCGUGUCGACCGCGAGAUCGCCAUGGUGGAGCAGCAGAUCUCCAAGCUGAAGAAGAAGCAGCAACAGCUGGAGGAGGAGGCUGCCAAGCCGCCCGAGCCCGAGAGGCCUGUGUCGCCGCCGCCCAUCGAAUCCAAGCACCGCAGCCUGGUCCAGAUCAUCUAUGACGAGAACAGGAAGAAAGCUGAGGCAGCUCACCGGAUUCUGGAAGGCCUGGGGCCCCAGGUAGAGCUGCCUCUGUAUAACCAGCCUUCGGACACCCGACAGUACCAUGAGAACAUCAAGAUAAACCAGGCCAUGAGGAAGAAGCUCAUCCUGUACUUCAAGAGGAGGAACCACGCCCGCAAGCAAUGGGAGCAGAAGUUCUGCCAGCGCUAUGACCAGCUGAUGGAGGCCUGGGAGAAGAAGGUCGAGCGCAUUGAGAACAACCCACGCCGCCGUGCCAAGGAGAGCAAAGUACGAGAGUACUAUGAGAAGCAGUUCCCAGAGAUCCGCAAGCACCGUGAGCUCCAAGAGCGCAUGCAGAGCAGGGUGGGCCAGCGCGGCAGUGGACUGUCCAUGUCGGCUGCGCGAAGUGAGCAUGAAGUGUCGGAGAUCAUCGAUGGCCUCUCGGAACAGGAGAACCUGGAGAAACAGAUGCGCCAGCUGGCUGUUAUCCCACCCAUGCUCUAUGACGCCGAGCAGCAGCGUAUCAAGUUCAUCAACAUGAACGGGCUGAUGGACGACCCCAUGAAGGUGUACAAGGACCGGCAGGGCAUGAACAUGUGGAGCGAGCAGGAGAAGGACACCUUCCGGGAGAAGUUCAUGCAACACCCCAAAAACUUCGGUCUGAUCGCCUCGUUCCUGGAAAGGAAGACGGUGGCUGAGUGCGUCCUGUACUACUAUCUGACCAAGAAGAACGAGAACUACAAGAGCCUGGUGAGGAGAAGCUACCGGCGCCGUGGCAAGAGCCAGCCCCAACAGCAACAGCAGCAGCAACAGCAGCAGAUGCCUCGGAACAGCCAGGAGGAGAAGGAGGAGAAGGAGAAGGAGCGGGAGGCUGAGAAGGAGGAGGAAAAGCCGGAGCUGGACAACGAGAAGGAGGAACUCAACAAGGAGAAGGCGGAUGACACCUCAGGCGAAGACAAUGACGAGAAGGAGGCCGUGGCCUCCAAGGGCCGCAAGACGGCCAACAGCCAGGGCCGGCGCAAAGGCCGCAUCACGCGUUCCAUGGCCAGCGAGGCCCACAGUGAGGAGGCCGUGGCCCCGCCACACAGUGCCGAGCUUGCCUCCAUGGAGAUGAACGAGAGUUCCCGCUGGACUGAGGAGGAAAUGGGCACUGCCAAGAAAGGCCUCCUGGAACACGGCCGCAACUGGUCGGCCAUUGCACGCAUGGUGGGGUCCAAGACCGUGUCUCAGUGUAAGAACUUCUACUUCAACUACAAAAAGAGGCAGAACCUGGACGAGAUCCUACAGCAGCACAAGCUCAAGAUGGAGAAGGAGCGGAAUGCACGGAGGAAAAAGAAGAAAGGCCCGGGAGGUCCCAGCGAGGAGGCGGCCUUCCCGCCCGUGGUGGAGGAGGAAGAGAUGGAGGCCUCAGGCACCAGCGGGAACGAGGAGGAGGCGCCCGAGGACGCCGAGGCUCUACAGCCCUCCGGGAACGAGGUGCCCAGGGGGGAGUGCAGUGGUCAAGCUGCCGUCACCAACAGCUCUGACACCGAGAGCGUUCCGUCGCCCCGCACUGAAGCCGCCAAGGACUCAGGGCCCAGCGCACCUGCCCCUGGCACCCCAGCACCGCCCCCGCAGCCACCCACCCCGACGCCUGAUGACACCCCGGCCCCCGCUGAGCCCACGCCUGCCCCGGAAUCCGCUCAGUCCCCUACACCCCCACCGGCACCCCCUGAGCCCACUGUGCCCCCAACCACAGCACCCAUGGAGGAGGCAGCCCCAGCUGCACCCAAGGAUGAGCAGGAGCCCUGUCCCGAGGCCGGUCCUGCCGACCAGCCCGGGGAAGCACCCUCGGUCACCGUCAAGACUGAGAGCUCUGAGGAGGCAGCCGAGGACGUGCCUAGCAAGGCCAGUGCAGAGGCCAGCUCGGAGGCGGUGGCUGAGGGAGCCCUGAAGGUGGAGAAGGAGGGUGUCGGGCCUGGGGCCAAAGCAGCCGUGCCCAAGGCUUCGGGUGCCCCCCAGGACAGCGACUCCAGCGCCACCUGCAGUGCCGAUGAAGUAGAUGAGCCCGAAGGCGGCGACAAGAACAGGCUCCUGUCCCCGCGGCCCAGCCUCCUCACCCCAGCCGGUGACACCAGGGCCAGUGCCUCACCACAGAAGCCGCUGGACCUGAAGCAGCUGAAGCAGAGGGCAGCUGCCAUCCCCCCCAUUGCCCCCAAAGCCCAUGAGCCCCCACGGGAAGAUGUGCCCGCCCUGGCCUCACUGCCUGCCCAGCAUCUGCAGCCAGACCCCGACACCCCCCAGCAGCCGGGCAGCAGUCCCCAGGGCGCACGCAGGAGCCCUGCACCCCCUGCAGACAAGGAUGAGAAACCCGUGUUUGGGCCACCCGAGGGUCAACAGCUGCCCACUGAGUCCCUGUGCUGGGCGCCAGGCCUGGCCUUCCCAGUGCCCCCGCGGGAGGUGAUCAAGGCAUCCCCGCAUGCCCCUGACCCCUCAGCCUUCUCCUACGCCCCUCCUGGUGCCCCUCUGCCUCUGGGCCUGCAAGAUGGUGCCCGGCCAGUGCUGCCACGGCCGUCCACCAUGUCCAACCCGCCGCCCCUCAUCUCCUCCACCAAACACCCCAGCGUCCUCGAGAGACCCCUGGGCUUCAUCCAGUCGGGGCCGAUGCAGCUCCACGUCCCGUAUUCAGAACACGCCAAGGCGCCCGUGGGCCCCACUGCCAUUGGGCUGCCCCUUGCCGUGGACCCCAAGAAGCUGGUGCCCUUCAGUGGGGUGAAACAGGAGCAGCUGUCUCCCCGCGGCCAGGCCGGACCCCCGGAGAGCCUGGGGGUGCCAACAGCCCAGGAGACAUCUGUGCUGCGAGGGGCGUCUCUGGGCGUGGUGUCAGGAGGAAGCAUCACCAAAGGGACCCCCAGCACACGUGUGCCUUCUGAAGGCACCAUCACCUACCGCGGCUCCAUCACCCACGGCACCCCAGCAGAUGUGCUGUACAAGGGCACCAUCACCAGGAUCCUGGGCGAGGACAGUCCCAGCCGCCUGGAUCGCAGCCGGGAUGACGGGCUGCCCAAGGGGCAUGUGAUCUACGAGGGCAAGAAGGGCCAUGUACUGUCUUACGAUGGUGGCAUGUCCCAGUGCCCCAAGGAGGACAGUGGGAGCAGUGCGGCCCCCCCCCACGAGACGGCCGCCCCCAAGCGCACGUAUGACAUGAUGGAGGGCCGUGUGAGCAGGGCCGUGUCCUCGGCCAGCAUUGAAGGGCUAAUGGGCCGUGCCAUCCCGCCUGAGCGACACAGCCCCCACCACCUCAAGGAACAGCACCACAUUCGGGGCUCCAUCACGCAAGGGAUCCCACGAUCCUACGUGGAGGCCCAGGAGGACUAUCUGCGGAGGGAACCCAAACUCCUGAAACGCGAGGGCACCCCGCCGCCACCCCCGGCUCCCCGGGACCUGGCUGAGGCCUAUAAGGCACGACCCCUAGAGGCCCUGGGGCCCCUGAAGCUGAAGCCAACACACGAGGGCCUGGUGGCCACUGUUAAAGAGGCCGGGCGCUCCAUCCACGAGAUUCCACGAGAGGAACUACGCCGCACCCCCGAGCUGCCCCUAGCACCACGGCCGCUCAAGGAGGGCUCCAUCACCCAGGGCACCCCGCUCAAGUACGACAGCAGCUCUGGCUCCAAGAAGCAUGACGUGCGCUCCAUCAUCGGCAGCCCAGGCCGCACCUUCCCACCCGUGCACCCGCUGGACGUCAUAGCCGACCCACGCGCCCUGGAGCGGGCCUGCUACGAGGAGAGCCUGAAGGGCCGGCCGGGCGCUGUCAGCAGCGCAGGGGGCUCCAUCACGCGUGGGGCACCCGUCAUUGUGCCAGAGCUGGGCAAGCCGCGGCAGAGUCCCCUGGCCUAUGAGGACCACGGGACGCCGUUCACUGGCCACCUACCCAGAGGUUCUCCUGUGACCACCCGGGAGCCCACCCCACGCCUGCAGGAGGGCAGCCUGUCGUCCAGCAAGGCGCCCCAGGACCGCAAGCUGACGUCGACUCCUCGAGAGAUUGCCAAGUCCCCGCACAGCAGCGUGCCCGAGCACCACCCACACCCCAUCUCACCCUACGAGCACCUGCUUCGGGGUGUGGACCUGUAUCGUGGACACAUCCCACUGGCCUUUGACCCCACGUCCAUUCCCCGAGGAAUCUCCUUGGAUGCAGCCGCUGCCUAUUACCUGCCUCGGCACCUGACUCCCAACCCCACCUACUCGCACCUGUACCCGCCGUACCUCAUCCGCGGCUACCCCGACACGGCGGCGCUGGAGAACCGGCAGACAAUCAUCAAUGACUACAUCACCUCACAGCAGAUGCACCACAACGCGGCCACCGCCAUGGCCCAGCGGGCAGACAUGCUGCGGGGCCUGUCGCCCCGGGAGUCCUCGCUGGCCCUUAACUAUGCCGCUGGCCCACGAGGCAUCAUUGACUUGUCCCAAGUGCCACACCUGCCCGUGCUGGUGCCCCCAACGCCAGGCACGCCUGCCACCGCCAUGGACCGCCUGGCCUACCUCCCCACCGCACCCCAGCAUUUCAGCAGCCGGCUUAGCAGCUCCCCACUGUCCCCAGGAGGCCCCACUCACCUGACCAAGCCAUCGACUGCCUCCUCCGAGCGGGAGCGAGAGCGGGAGAGAGAGCGAGAGCGGGAACGUUCUGUCCUCACGUCCACCACCACCGUGGAGCACGCGCCCAUCUGGAGACCCGGUACAGAGCAGAGCGGCGGCAGCGGAGGCAGCAGCCGGGCCACCUCUCACUCCCACACCCACCAGCACUCGCCUAUCUCUCCCCGGACCCAGGACACUGUCCAGCAGCGGCCCAGCGUCCUGCACAACACGGGCAUGAAGGGCGUCGCCAGCUCCGUGGAGCCCAGCACGCCCACGGUCCUGAGGUCCACCGCCACCUCCUCGCCCGUGCGCCCAGCCGCCACAUUCCCGCCCGCCGCCCACUGCCCGCUGGGCAGCGCCCUGGACGGGGUCUACCCCCCUCUCUCCGAGCCCGUCCUGCUGCCCAAGGAGGCGUCACGGGGCACCCGGGCCGAGCGGGCCCGAGCUGAACCGGCCCACGCUUUCCUCACCAAGCCCCCCACCCGCUCGGGGCUGGAGCCUGCCUCAUCCCCGGGAAAGGGCUCCGAGCCUCGGCCCUCGGCACCCCCAGCCUCCGGCCACACCGUGGGGCGCGCCCCUGCUAAGAGCCUCGCGCCGCACCACGCCAGCCCGGAGCCUCCCGCAGCAUCGGCCCCGGCCGCGGACCCGCAUCGGGAAAAGACCCCAAGUAAACCCUUUUCCAUCCAGGAACUGGAACUCCGUUCUCUGGGUAAGACCACCCUGACGGCGGCCACCUUCAUAGACGCGGUAAUCAUGCGUCAAAUCGCCCACGAUAAGGGGCCACGAGAAGGUCCGCCGGCCGCCGGCUCCCCUCCCCACGGUAAGACCGGCGGGGGCGGCAGCUACAGCCCGGACGGGGUGGAGCCCGUGAGCCCCGUGAGCUCUCCCCACGACAAGGGGCUCCCCAAACAUCUGGAGGAGCUCGACAAGAGCCACUUGCCGGGGGAGCUGCGGCACAAACCACCAGGCCCCGGAAAGCUCAGCACCGAGGCUGCUCUCCUGCCACACCUGCAGCCGCUGACCGAGAGCCAGGCGGCCCCCAGCUCACUGCUGCCGUCCACGCCGGGGGUGAAGGGCCACCAGCGGGUGGUUACCCUGGCACAACACAUCAGUGAGGUGAUCACACAGGACUACACGCGGCACCACCCACAGCAGCUCAGCGCAGCCCUGCCCGCCCCCCUCUAUACCUUCCCCGGUGCCAGCUGCCCCAUCUUGGACCUCCGCCGCCCUCCCAGCGACCUCUACCUCCCGCCUCCCGAGCACGGCGUCCCUGCCCGUGGCUCUCCGCACAGCGAGGGGGGCAAGAGGUCCCCAGAACCCAGCAAGACGUCGACCUUGGGCAGCAGUGAGGACGGCAUGGAGCCUGUUUCCCCCCCAGAAGGCCUGGCCGAGCCAGGACACCCCCGCAGCGCCAUGUUUCCCCUGCUGUACCGAGAAGGAGAGACUGGAGAGUCCAGGAUGGGUUCCAAGUCUCCAGGCAGCACUGGCCAGCCGCCCGCCUUCUUCAGCAAACUGACCGAGAACAACUCGGCCAUGGUGAAGUCCAAGAAACAGGAGAUCAACAAGAAGCUGAGCACCCACAACCGCAACGAGCCCGAGUACAAUAUCGGCCAGCCGGGCACAGAAAUCUUCAAUAUGCCUGCCAUCACCGGAACAGGCCUUAUGACCUGCCGGAGCCAGGCGGUGCAGGAGCACGCCAGCACCAACAUGGGGCUGGAGGCCAUAAUUAGAAAGGCGCUCAUGGGUAAAUAUGACCACUGGGAGGAGCACCCGCUCGGCGCCAAUGCUUUUAACCCUCUGAGCGGCAGUGCCGGCCUGCCCGCUGCUAUGCCCGUAACCGCUGCUGAUGGACGGAGCGACCACGCGCGCACCUCGCCAGGUGGCGGUGCGAAGGCCAAAGUGUCCGGGAGGCCCAGCAGCCGCAAGGCCAAGUCCCCCGCCCCAGGCCUGGCGUCAGGGGAGCGGCCCCCUUCUGUCUCCUCGGUGCAUUCGGAAGGGGACUGCAACCGCCGGACGCCGCUCACCAACCGCGUGUGGGAGGACCGGCCCUCGUCCGCAGGUUCCACGCCUUUUCCCUACAACCCCCUGAUCAUGCGGCUGCAGGCCGGUGCCAUGGCCUCCCCGCCGCCACCCGGCCUCCCCACGGGCAGCGGGCCCCUGGCCGGCCCCCAUCAUGGCUGGGACGAGGAACCCAAGCCCCUGCUGUGCUCCCAGUAUGAGACACUCUCCGACAGCGAGUGACUGUCCCUAGUGCGGCUGGCGAGGAGCGAGGAUGCCGUCAAGAGAGGCACGCCCUGCCGAGAGAGGAGCCCCUGAGUCUGCCUGCGAGCCACCCGCCCGCCUGUCCAUCCGUCCGUCAGUCCGUCCAGAGCCGGCCUCCUUGCCUGUCUAAAGCCUUAACUACAAUUCCCGCCCCGGGCUGGCCCUGUGCAGUGAUCUUACUCAGGAGAAGCUUACCUGGUGCUCGGGAGGGGAGGGGCCCGGAGGGGCGCAGCGGGCAGGCGUGGCCAGGGACCUGAAGCCGGAUGACCAUGCCCCUCCCACGCCGCUGCCUCCCCCUUAACGCAUUUGGAACCAAAGUCUAAACUGAGCUAGCAGCCCCCGUCCCUGUCUCCACCCCCACCCAUCCUGCUUAGUGCUCUGGACCGUCGGGUGCAGGCCUGGCCCAGCCCCCCAGGAGUGCCCAGGCCCUGCGGGCCGUGGUGGGGAGGGAGGCAGUCAGUGUAGAUGAUGUAUUGGUUUACAGGGUAUAUUUUUGAUACCUUCAAUGAAUGGAUUCAGAUGUUUUACGCCAGGAAGGACUUACCCAGUAUCACUGCAGCUGUGCUUUCCGUCUCCGCUUAGCAUUCAAGACAGUUGGUGAGCCCAGAAUCCGAGGGGGCCGGGGCGCCCCGCGCCUGCCUCCCCCCUCCACGGGCAGAAUGAACUCGAUGGGAUUCUGUGGCCGCCACUGCGUCCGGCGGCGACAUUCUCAUUUACACAUUCUUCUCAUUAAAAAGCAAAUAUACUCGA